GGCCCAUAUUCACAACUCUCAUAGUCUACAAUCAAAUUACUAAACCCAUGAGACACCAACAAACCAUGUUCACCUCUAUUCCAAUCUUUAGGGCCUUAACCAUACUCAAAUGUUCAAACCACCACCACACCACCACCAGCGCCUCCAUGGCUGCGACACCCGCCACCACCGUCUGUUCCGCCGCUUCUCCUUCAAUACAAGAUCAUGUAACCGUAAGAGCCGCCACUAUCAGCCUACAAGAAUGGCAGGCAUGGGGCACUGAUUCCCCAAUGCCCACUCAAGUGGCACAAAUUGUUGAAGAAAUGGUUGAUUUGGAGAGACAAAGCGAUGCCCAGAUGAAAUUUGGAGGCCUUGGUGGUAAACUCAAGGGAGAUUUCAAGACACAAGAAGAUAAAAAACACAGAGCAAAGUACAAAGCGUUAGAUGAUUCCGAACAAAAGCUUCACUUCUUUUCAGCCAGACAAAUAGCAUGCCGUUUACUUGGAAGCAGAGGUUACCUUUGUCAAAAGUGUUGGCUUCCUCAAGAAGAUUGCAUGUGCUCAAGAGUUGUAACAUCUAAUCUUUGGCAUCGGAUACGGUUUUGGUUAUAUAUGCAUCCAAAGGAUUUCUUGAGGCAAAACAACACGGGGAAGCUGUUAUGGCAAGUGUUUGGGAUUAAUGCAGCCAAAUUGUGCUUAUUUGGCAUAGCUGAGCAUGAAGAAAUCAUGUGGAACGCAUUUUCGCAUUCGGGGAGAAAUAAUGUAUGGUGUCUUUAUCCAAACAAGAACACACCUACAAAAUCAGUAGAGGAUAGCUUUACUGGAUGUACAUCAAAUAAUCUUCUCUCUGAACCCCACCAGACAGAUGAGGGUGAAAUGUUCAACUUUAUCUUGAUUGAUGGUACCUGGAGCAAUUCGGCUGCAAUGUUUAGGCGAUUGAAGGAACGAGCAGAUUUGAUAUGGGGAGAUGAUCUUCCUUGCAUAUCACUCUCCACAGGUGCAUCUGCAAUGCAUAAACUUAGGCCACAACCAUCAUGGGACCGAACCUGUACAGCAGGUGCUGCCGUUGGGCUACUAGACGAGCUACAUCUUGUUUCACAGUUCAACUCCUUGGGGUUGGAUAAACAAGCCGAAGCAGUUGAAAACAGUGUGGAUGUGCUUUUGGCAUCACUCACGGGUCGAAGGCUUCGUAUGGGUCGAUCCGUUACACGUAGACAAAGGCACCAUGAUGAUUUCUGCUAACAUCAAUUCUCCGCUAAAAUGAUCAUUUUGUUUCUUGUUUGGGCUCUCGAACAGGUUUGUUUUUCCCAUUGUAUCAACCACAUAUUCUGAUGUUUAAAGGAUAUGUUGUUUGGAGAAGAUUAAUGAAGAAUUUGUUCAGGCUAAUGUGUAAAUCAGGUGACAUCAGUCGAGCUCGACUCGUUUAUGUAAGAAUAUAUUAAAAAUAUAUAUUCAUAUGGUCAUUAUUAUCAUUUAUGUUA